CCUCUUCGACAGUAGUUAGUGCAAUCCACCGUGAUCCUUCCGGUACUGCAAUGGCGAACCCACCGAAGCCCUGGAAGGCGGAGUAUGCCAAGUCAGGUCGAUCGUCAUGCAAGACCUGCAAGAGCCCUAUCGACAAGGAGGUUUUCAGGCUCGGCAAAAUGGUCCAAGCCAAACAGUUCGACGGCUUCAUGCCGCAUUGGAAUCAUGCCAGUUGCAUACUAAGGAAAGCGAAACAGAUAAAGUCGGUUGAUGACGUUGAAGGCUUAGAAUCACUUAGAUGGGAAGAUCAGCAAAAUAUUAGAACCUAUGUGGAAAGUGGUGGGCCUGCUGGUGGUGGACCUGAUGGUGGUGGACCCACAAAUAGAAAAGCUGCCACGGCUUUGCAAUAUGCUAUUGAAUCUUCACAAGCUUCUCGUGCUACAUGCAAGCAUUGUAGUAAAAAGAUUAUGAAAGGAGAGGUUCGUAUAUCUUCGAAACCUGAAGGUCAAGGCACUAAGGGAUUGGUGUGGCACCAUGCCAGCUGUUUCAUGGAAUUGUCUCCAUCUACUGAAAUGGAGAAGUUGUCUGGAUGGGAAAGCCUCUCAGCCACUGAUCAGGAAAAUGUACGUGCAUUGAUUAAGAAGGUUCCUUCUGCUGCUAAGAAUGGGGAAAGAAGAGAGGUACGAGAGGAUAAAGGGUUCGUUCAACAACCAACCUCUAGAGCUGGUACCAAACGUAAAAAUGAUGUUAGCAGUGAUCAGAAGUCCAAAGUUUCCAAGGUUGAAAGAGAUUCACCAUCAAGCAGGGUUGAACAGCCAAGAGAUUCUGAUCUAGAAUGUAAACUGGAGGCACAAACUAAAGCAUUGUGGGCCCUAAAGGAUGAUCUGAAGAAGCAUGUGACAACAGCACAACUACGUGAAAUGCUGGAAGCCAAUAAUCAAGAUACAACAGGGUCAGAACUUGACUUGCGUGAUCGCUGUGCUGAUGGGAUGAUGUUUGGUGCACUUGAGAAAUGCCCUUUAUGUUCUGGUUCAAUUUGCUAUUCUGGAGGCUCAUACCGGUGCCAUGGCUACCUAUCAGCAUGGAGCAAGUGUUCUUACUCUACUCAUAAACCAGAACGUCUUAAAGGAAAAUGGAAAGUUCCAGAUGAAACAGAAAAUGAAUUUCUUAGCAAGUGGUUUAAAUCACAAGGAGUUAAGAAGCCUGUUCGAAUUCUGCCUCUACCAUCAUCCACCAAUGCUUCUUCAAGUGUUGCUUCUAACAGUCCUUCACAGUCUUCUAAGGCUGAAAGCUUGGCAGAUUUGAAAGUUUCUAUCGCUGGAUUACCUAAAGAACCCAUGGAACAGUGGAAGCGCAAAAUUGAGGGAGUAGGUGGAACAUUUAGUCUCAAGAUCAAAAAAGACACUAACUGCUUUGUUAUGAGUGGGUUGCCGGAUGAUCAUGAUGCUGAGAUGAGGAAGGCAAGGAGGAUGAAACUGCCAAUUGUUAGGGAGGAUUACUUGGUUGACUGUUUUAAGAAACAGAAGAAGCUUCCAUUUGAUCUCUACAAAGUUGAAGCCAUUGGAGAGGACUCUAGCAUGGUCACUGUCAAAGUAAAAGGGCGAAGUGCUGUGCAUGAAGCUUCUGGCCUGCAGGAUACAGGUCACGUCCUCGAGGAUGGGGGAAGUAUAUAUAACACAACUUUGAACAUGUCUGACUUGUCAACUGGUGUUAACAGUUACUACAUUCUCCAAAUCAUCCAAAAUGAUAAAGGUUCUGAUUGUUAUGUGUUCCGAAAGUGGGGUCGAGUUGGUAAUGAAAAAAUUGGUGGAAGCAAACUGGAAGAGAUGUCAAAAUAUGAUGCAAUCUCUGAAUUCAAACGUUUAUUUUUGGACAAGACUGGGAAUACAUGGGAGGCAUGGGAACAGAAGAAAAAUUUCCAAAAGCAACCUGGCAGAUUCUUCCCAUUGGAUAUUGAUUAUGGAGUUAACAAACGGGUGUCAAAGGUUAAGCACAGCAAUGCAGACAGUAGGCUUCCCCCUCCACUAUUAGAAUUGAUGAAAAUGCUCUUUAAUGUGGAAACAUACAGAGCUGCAAUGAUGGAAUUUGAGAUUAACAUGUCAGAAAUGCCUCUUGGAAAACUGAGCAAAAGUAACAUCCAGAAGGGUUUUGAGGCAUUAACGGAGAUACAAAAUCUAUUAAAGUCCAAUGCAUUUGAUCCUUCAGUCAAAGAAAGCUUGAUUGUUGAUGCCAGUAAUAGAUUUUUUACUGUUAUUCCUUCUAUUCAUCCUCAUGUCAUAAGGGAUGAAGAUGAUUUUAGGUCAAAGGUGAAAAUGUUGGAAGCUCUCCAGGACAUUGAGAUAGCUUCAAGAUUAGUAGGUUUUGAUGUUGACAAUGAUGAUUCCCUUGAUGACAAAUAUAAGAAGCUUUGCUGUGAUAUCACUCCACUUCCCCAUGAUAGUGAAGAUUAUCAGUUGAUUGAGAAAUAUCUUCUCACGACUCAUGCUCCUACUCAUACUGAUUGGUCUCUUGAACUGGAAGAAGUUUUUUCACUUGAAAGAAAAGGAGAAUUUGAUAAGUUUGCUCCCUAUCGAGAAAAGCUUAACAACCGAAUGCUUCUUUGGCAUGGUUCUCGUUUGACAAAUUUUGUGGGAAUACUCAGCCAGGGACUGAGAAUAGCUCCUCCUGAAGCUCCAGCAACUGGCUAUAUGUUUGGCAAGGGAGUUUACUUUGCUGAUUUGGUCAGCAAGAGUGCUCAGUAUUGCUACACUGACAAGAAAAAUCCUGUGGGCCUACUGCUUCUGAGUGAAGUUGCCUUGGGAGAGGUUUACGAGCUGACAAGGGCCAAGUAUAUGGACAAACCACCAGAACGAAAGCAUUCUACAAAAGGACUGGGCAAGAAAGUACCCAACAAGUCUGAAUUCGUGAAGUGGAGGGAUGAUGUUGUUGUUCCUUGUGGCAAACCAGUGCCAUCAAAUGUGAAGGCUUCUGAAUUGAUGUAUAACGAGUACAUAGUUUAUAACACAGCUCAAGUCAAGAUGCAGUUCUUGUUGAAGGUGAGGUUUAAUCACAAGAGAUGAGAGGUAAUGGAUGUUUCUCAUUAUCCUGAGGAAUGUCACUUCUAGUAAAUAAAUAUCAAGAAAGGUUAAGUUUGUCAUGUUUUGGAUGUUGUAAGAGAAGCUCUUACUCUUUGACAAGAUCUCAUUUUGGGGUUUGCUUGGAGAUCUUUAACCUUUUGAGAUCUUUCGACUUCUGCUCUAAGCAAUGUAAAUGUUGUUCAUAAGUAAUGGCAAAAGAAUUCAGACUUUCCAGCCAGCUUAUUGCGUAA